GCCUGCGGCCUUGCGUUCUUACAGACGGCGCAUGUUAUCGCCAAAUAAUCUGUGAAUUCUCUGUCUCCGAUUUCGCUUUUAUAGUCUAUUCAAAUGGGUCUCCUGCGAUUCCUCAAUUUCAUAUCAAAAUCUGCUGUAAGACUCAAUUUUGAAACAGUUUUCAUAAGAUCAGUCGUCACUCGUUCUCAUAGAACGACAGGAGAUCAGUAUUUCGUUCUUAAUUCAAUCCUGGGCCAUGAAAACUCAUUUGGGUCUACAUCAAAUCUUCAUCUUGUAAUUUACAGAUCGAUUCACGAUGAUUCAGUGCAACCACAAAUGCCUGUCGCGGCUGAUGUCCAAAACCCUGAAAAUGAAACAGAGAGGAUUCCUCAUAAAAUUGCCCAAGACGCUGCUAUAAUCUGUAAGAUACUCUCAAAAAAUUCUGAUUCUUGGGUAGAAGCAGUGCUUGACAAUGCAUCGGUUGAGGCAUCCCCUGAACUUGUUGCGGAGGUGUUGAGGAGGCUCAGCAACGCAGGCGUUGUUGCGUUACAGUUCUUUAGAUGGGCAGAGCAGAAAAAAGAGUUCAAAUACACUACAGAGAGCUACAAUGUGUUGAUUGAAGCUCUGGGCAAGAUUAAGCAGUUCAAGAUCAUAUGGAACUUGGUGGAGGACAUGAAGCGGAGGGGGUUAUUAUCUAAAGACACUUUCGCGUUGAUUUCCCGGAGAUACGCCAGAGCCCGGAAGAUUAAAGAGGCGGUAGACGCUUUUGAGAAGAUGAAGACAUUCGGGUUUGAGCUUGAACCGUCUGAUUUUAAUCGACUGCUUGAUACUCUGAGUAAAUCUAGACAGGUUGGGAAAGCACAGGAGGUGUUCGACAAAAUUAAAAACAGAAGGUUCGUUCCUGAUAUUAAAUCCUAUACGAUUCUGCUGGAAGGGUGGGGACAAGAGCAGAACUUAUUGAGGUUGGAUGAGGUUUACAGAGAGAUGAAGGAUGAAGGUCUCCAGCCAGAUGUUGUCACUUAUGGCAUCCUCAUCAAUGCAUAUUGUAAGACUAAAAAGUAUGAUAGAGCUCUUGAAUUGUAUCAUGAAAUGGAAUCGAAGAAUUUGAAGCCUAGUCCACACAUUUUCUGCACCUUGAUCAAUGGGUUGGGUUCGCAGAAGAGGUUGAAUGAGGCUCUUGAGUUUUUUGAACGAUCAAAGAGGAGUGGUUUUGCCGCAGAAGUACCGACCUACAAUGCUCUUGUGGGGGCUUACUGUUGGUCAAGGCGUAUGAAUGACGCCUAUAGGGUGAUUGAGGAGAUGAGGAAAAAUGGGGUUGGUCCAAAUUCCCGAACUUAUGAUAUAAUCCUUCACCAUCUGAUAAAGGCUCAGAAAACUAGCGAGGCCUACUCAGUUUUCCAGAGAAUGAGCAGCGAGCCUGGAUGUGAGCCAACUGUGAGUACUUACGAAAUCAUAGUAAGGAUGUUUUGCAAUGUGGAGAGAGUGGAUAUGGCUCUAAAAGUUUGGGACGAGAUGAAGGCCAAGGGAGUUCUUCCUGGAAUGCAUAUGUUCUCUACCUUCAUCAACAGCUUGUGCCAUGAGAGUAGGUUGGAUGAUGCUUGCAAGUACUUCCAAGAGAUGUUGGAUGUAGGGAUUCGACCUCCAGCACAGAUGUUCAGUAAUCUGAAGCAGGCACUGAUUGAUGAAGGGAAAGAAGAUACUGCUUUGAUUUUGGCUCAUAAGAUCGAUAAAUUGAGGAAGGCUCCAUUAGUUGGUUGAGUUCAAUGACGGCCAUUAAGAGCUAAAAUUACAUGAAUUGUGUCCUUCAAUAUCAUUUUAUUGGUUCUGAUUUGAUGUAAUUGUGAACCUUUUUUGCGUUACAAUAUCUGAAUAUAUUCAAGAAAUUGUA